AUCUGACAUCCUGAUGUGUUAUUUAUUCAUUUAUUUUUUGUAAUUGGCAUGCAAAUGGCAUUAGUGUAGAUGUGUGACAAGGUUAUGUAAUUGGUGAGACGACCUUGAAAGACUUUCUGGGGAAACUGAAACUUUGAGACAAACCAAGACCAGCCAUGGAGAUGAUGGAGUUGGACAAAGCAAAGACAGCAAAUGAGUAUGAAGAUGCAGCAGGUCGCCAGGCACCAGAUGCCCAAGCUGCAGAAAAAGAAGAAACCAGUGAGUAUGCUAAAUUGGAGGGUCCAUCUGAAGACAUUUAUUCAGAGGCUAUACUCAUGGACACGUCACCUAAACCAGGACCAGACAAACAGACUCCGGGAAACGUGCGUGCGUAUCAAGCUGCGUGCGUAAUCCUCAGCAUAAUCUGCCUGAUCCUGCUGGGGGUCAUCCUCAUCCUUUCUAUGAAAUCCCAGACUGGACACACAGAUCAGGAGGCAGGCUGCAGCUUUGAACAUUGCAAAGUCUACUUGCCCAAUAUUCUACAGAGAUAUCAUAAAUGCCAGCUGUGUGCUAAAGGAUGGCUGACGUUUGAGGGAUGGUGUUUCUACGUGUCCACGUUCAGGCUGAACUGGGAGGAAAGUGAGAGGAACUGCAGAAACAAAGGAGGAUCUCUGGCUGUAAUCACUGACAGCAGAGUUCAGAGCUUUCUGACUCAGAAGGGGAUGGCCAAAUACUGGAUUGGUCUGAGACAAAAUGGAACCAACUGGAACUGGGUCAACUUUGAGACACUGGGAGAGAGUUUUUGGGCAGAAAGAAAGUCUGAGGGGGAUUGUGGGAUCCUGAACACCUAUGAACCCCCUGAGAAGAACUGGAUCAAAGCGUCUUGUAAGGCCGCCACCUACUUCAUCUGUCAGAGGCAACUCUAAAAUGAUUUGUACAGAACUUAGAGCAAACCAAU